UACGAGAAGCAUCAAAGAAAAAUUGUCCGCCAGUUUAUAUUCUGAGCACCGCGGAAAAUACCGUUGAUACGCGAAUUAAAAGUAUCGAAGUUGGCAGCGGCGCUGCUCUACCAGCAUGGCGCAGCCGUCCACUUCCAGUGGUGCCAUUAAACGACCCUGCUCGAAUCUGAAGCUGGUGUAUAAUCGCCCCAAACCGGAUGUACUUAAUAGUAUUUUGAAAUCGCGCGCUAAUCCUCGCUACCGAUCACGUCGUCUAUGGUAUGAGUUGAAUAUGCCGGAGUGUACGUCUACAAUAUUUGAUGGCAAAAUGUUAUCCACGUCACUGCCGGAUAGCCUGUUGUGUCACACUCGCGAGAUGCGUACGAAAAAUAAACAGAAAGCAAGAAAAAAAGAAAGACUACGCACCUACAUGGAUAUGCGCAUGGAACGUGAGAGUUUUCGCCUGAAAUUAGUGGAGUUAAUUGCAUGCGAUGAUGGGGACGUUGAAAUGGUGGACGAGGAUGGUGUAGAGAAAUUUCCCAACAAGAAAGAAAAGCAAAUGUUGCGAUACUACUAUUACAUUAAACAUGGCAUCGAUACGAUUCAUGUGGCGUCCAUGAGCAGUCAUGUACUCAAGAGGAUCAAAAAACUUAUUAGACCCGAGCUAAAUAAAUGGCAAACCGAAUUCAAUGAAACCAUUAGCGAAAUUAAGGGGGACUACACGUUCGCUAUGAAGAAGGCAGUUAUUGAUUUUGUAUUGAAUAAUUCGCUACAGGGCUUGCGCAAAGACAAGGAGCAGCUAUUAACACCGGAACGAAAGGAGGUCAAAGUUAUGAUGAAUCGCUGGCGAUAUCGUUAUGAUGAGAACCGCUGUCGCAUCCAAAAGACACUAUUCUGCAUUCAUCGCAGCGUGGCUAGCAUUCUCGAUUUAUGGAGCGUCAAAUAUAAAGAGAAAUUUUUUGUUGAUGUUAGAGAACUGGCACAAGCCAAGGGACCCUACGAAUUAUAUCAUUUUACGUAUUUGUGUGGACGUCAAAUCGAUACCGCCAAGGAAUUGCUUGAGAAAGAAUGGUAUGGGGAGAUACAUCAGAUCUUAUUGCGCGCCAGUAGGCGUGGUCUGCUGCCCGAUGUGAGGCGAAUGAAGUUGUUGCAACGCUUUUACAAUUGCGUUGCUGCCUUAAUGACACAGCAGCUGGAGGAUAUAUGUAUACGCAGCUUGACGACGUAUGCCGACUUCAUCUGUGAUUUUGGGAAAAGCAAUCCAGGAUUCAAGAUUAGUGUCAUCCUCGAAGACGAAGACAGUAUUACAUUCAAUCCGAACUUUUCCAAAAUACAAAAUGAACUUUUGCGCGUUAUUGAAGCCAUCCUUAUGUCCAUCGAUCACAUGCCUCGCAUCGAGAAUAAACUUUAUACGGAACUAAAAAUCUCCAAUCAAUACUAUUUGAAACCUGCAAUACCUGAAUCGAUCAUUGCCGACGCCCGAAAUCGGAUAUGCAUUAUGUUGGAGGAGCAACGCAUUGGACCCGAAUUGCGUCUGCAAGAUUUCGAUCUAUAUAUAGACCUCAUGAAUGGCAUGGAUGCGGAACUCAUUUCCAAAUUUAUCGCAUCAGAACCGACGUUUGAACAAUAUUGUGACAUGGUAUUGCAAUACCGCCGUAAAGAGCACCAAAUAAUACGAGAUAUUUGGGGAGAUUUGCGUAUGGGGCUUUACGAGUUUAAUCGGGGGAAAUUCAUAAAUAAUUUAGAGCAGUUCGCCCGAUAUAUGCAACAGGAUCUGCUGGAGAAAAUGGUUGCUGAUCAGCAGUCGCAAAUCUCUAAAUUGGGCAAGGAGUAUGAGAGUAUUGCCAAGAAGGCGAUAACAGUACCUCAGACAACGGCAGAGCUGAUGGCACUCAAAGAAUUUGUGAUCAAUGCAGAGGAGACAUUGAUACCUGAAAUGGAGCAGCGCCUAAAAGUGAAUAUGAAUCAUAUUUUGUGGCUGAUGGACAAUAUAAUUUAUUCACCAUUGGAUAUAAAAAACAAUAGCAAUACCUUCCAAUGGUACCUGAAAAUGCCUUCCGUAUUUGAAGAGCAUCGGCUGAUUGUUGCCGACAAAACUAUCGAGUAUCAGGAGCGGCUUAAGAAGCGCAUCGAGGCCUUCCGACGUGAGUUACAAAAUUACUAUGAACAGGUGCAGGACUAUGAGAAUUGGGGUGAUAUCAAGCACUUGGCACGUUACAAGCGAAGGGCAACUGUAUUGGAUAACCGCUUGGUCGCGGCAAUGGACACAAUUGAUCGCAUUAAUGAGGAGGAAACUGCUUAUGGUUGGGAACUCACCCAGUAUCCCAUACGUAAAAAGACACACGAUCAGCUUAAGCCAUUCAAAACCUUGUUCGACACUGGUCAAGAGUUUAUGGAAAAACAGGACGCGUGGAUGCACUCACAAGUUGGCACAUACGAUCCGGAUGAAAUUGAAUCUGAUUUGGCGAAUUUUUAUCGCAUCAUACAGAAGUUGGAAAAGCAGAUGAGCGAGCGACCAGCGACAGCACAAUUGACCAAAGAUGUUAGAGAACAAAUUGAGGAGCUGCGUCAACAUAUGCCCAUAAUCAGCACCCUUGGAAAUCCUGGCAUGAAAACUCGCCAUUGGGAGCAAGUCUCUGAGAUUAUUGGUUUCCCCAUUAAAGUAUCGCCGGAACUAACGUUGGAGAAGAUUAUUGAGUACGGUCUAGAAGAAUAUGUGCCCAAAUUCGAAGCGAUCUCAGAAAGUGCAACUAAAGAGAACAAUUUGGAGCGCGCAAUGUCCAAAAUGGUGGCCGAAUGGGAAGAUAUUGCGUUCACUGUAUCACCCUAUAGAGAUUCUGGCACAUUCAAGCUUUCUGCGGUGGACGACAUACAGAUUUUAUUGGACGAUCAGAUCAUCAAGACACAGACUAUGAAAAGUUCUCCGUAUAUCAAACCUUUUGAGGAGGAUAUACUAAAGUGGGAAGCUAAGUUGAUGUUGUUACAAGAUAUUUUAGAUGAGUGGCUGCGUGUACAGGCGACAUGGAUGUAUUUGGAACCGAUCUUUUCUAGUCCGGAUAUUCAGCAACAAAUGCCCGAGGAGGGGCGCCGAUUUGCGGCUGUGGAUAAGAUUUGGAAAGAGCUCAUGAAGCAAGUGAAUGCGGACCCCCGCGUAAUGGUUGUCGUGGAGAUUGACAAAAUGAAUGAGAAGCUUAAGAAAGCUUAUGCGCUCUUGGAGAUCAUACAGAAGGGACUUAAUGCUUACUUGGAAAAGAAACGUCUCUACUUCCCGCGCUUCUUCUUCCUCUCUAACGAUGAACUACUUGAGAUACUCUCGGAGACAAAGGAUCCUACACGCGUACAACCACAUUUGAAGAAGUGCUUUGAAGGUAUUGCCACACUAAACUUCACAGAAGAGUUGGAGGUGACCGCAAUGCGUUCAUCGGAGCGUGAAGAAGUAGUGCUGGUCGAUAUAAUUUCCACGGCCAAAGCACGUGGUCAGGUUGAGAAGUGGCUGCUGGAAUUGGAGAUUGCCAUGAAGAAAAGUAUACAUUUGAAGAUAAGCGAGUCAUUCUACAGCUAUCGAAAGAUGGUGCGGGAAACAUGGGUGCUCUCCUGGCCCGGCCAAUGUGUGCAAUCAAUCUCACUCACCUACUGGACACUGGAGAUUACCGAAUGCUUUUUCUCCGAUUCGCCUGUACAGAAUUUGCGCAAAUAUUUAACGCUUUGUAAAUCACAGAUCGCUAAAAUCGUCGACUUGGUGCGUGGCCAUUUAAAUGCCCAGAAUCGUAUUACUUUAGGCGCAUUGGUGGUGUUGGAUGUGCAUGCGCGUGAUGUGCUGGCUGAGAUCGUUGAGAAGGAAGUGUCAGAUGCAAAUGACUUCCAGUGGUUGUCCCAGCUGCGGUAUUAUUGGGAAGAAAAUAACCUGGAUACGCGCAUGAUUAACAGUUCUCUCAAAUAUGGCUAUGAAUACUUGGGUAAUACGACACGCCUGGUGGUCACACCACUCACAGAUCGUUGCUAUCGCACACUGUUCAGUGCGCUGAACUUGCAUUUGGGUGGUGCUCCAGAGGGUCCCGCUGGUACUGGUAAAACAGAGACCACCAAAGAUUUAGCCAAAGCUGUUGCUAAGCAAUGUGUGGUCUUCAAUUGUUCCGAUGGAUUGGAUUACCUUGCUUUGGGCAAGUUCUUCAAGGGUUUGGCUUCGUGUGGCGCCUGGUCGUGCUUUGAUGAAUUCAAUCGUAUUGACUUGGAAGUGUUGUCGGUGGUGGCCCAACAGAUUUUGACCAUACAACGUGGCAUCAAUUCUGGCAGCCCAACGCUCGUGUUUGAGGGUACUACGCUAACAUUAGAUCCAACAUGUGCGGUAUUUAUUACUAUGAAUCCCGGUUAUGCAGGACGUUCUGAACUGCCGGAUAAUUUGAAGGCACUCUUCCGUUCCGUUGCCAUGAUGGUGCCCGAUUAUGCGCUUAUCUCUGAGAUUGAAUUGUACUCCUAUGGCUUCCUUACCGCCAAACCAUUAAGCGUCAAAAUCGUCGCCACAUAUCGCUUGUGUUCGGAGCAGUUGAGCACACAAUGCCAUUACGAUUACGGCAUGCGUGCUGUGAAAUCUGUGCUGAAGGCAGCGGGUGCUCUGAAACUACGCUAUCGUGACGAAAAUGAAGACAUACUAGUGUUGCGCUCCAUUAAAGACGUUAAUUUGCCGAAAUUUCUCAAUCAAGAUGUCCCACUGUUUCAAGGCAUCACAUCUGAUCUGUUUCCCGGCACAGUUUUGCCCGAGGCGGACUAUGCGAUAUUUAACGAAUGCACUCAAGCUGCGUGUGAUAAGAAUAAUAAGCAGUGCACGGACUUCUUUUUGGAGAAAGUUCAACAGCUGUAUGAGAUGAUUUGCGUUCGUCAUGGACUGAUGAUCGUCGGUUUGCCUUUUGGUGGCAAAACCACAACCUAUCGCAUAUUGGCCGAGGCUUUGGAAGGCAUGGAGAAGAAAGAUGGUAGCGAGAACCGCGCCAUUUACUCCGUGAUGAAUCCCAAAGCAAUCACAAUGGGUCAACUUUAUGGACAGUUCGAUGCCGUGUCACAUGAAUGGAGCGACGGCGUACUUGCUGUAAAUUAUCGUCAAUUUGCCAUUUCUGAUACACCCGAUCGCAAGUGGUUGAUCUUUGAUGGGCCCGUCGAUGCUAUCUGGAUUGAGAACAUGAAUACCGUGCUGGACGACAACAAAAAGCUUUGUCUUAUGUCUGGUGAAAUUAUACAGCUUUCGCCAACUACAAAUUUGAUUUUCGAACCAAUGGACUUGGAGGUCGCUUCGCCAGCCACAGUAUCGCGUUGCGGCAUGAUAUACAUGGAACCCAGCUCUCUGGGUUGGGAACCGCUCGUCACCUCGUGGAAGAACAGUUUGCCGCCCUCCUUCCAUGUCGUCAGCAAACAAUUAAUCACUGCGCUUGUAAUGCGCUUUUGCCCACUACUGCUGUAUAUUGUGCGCAAGGGUGGUUUGUAUGAAAUCGCACCGACCUCUGAUACGAAUCUCAUUGUUUCGAUGAUGAAUCUUUUCGAGUGCUUCAUCGAUGAUUUCAAGGAUGAUAAGUACGUAACAAAUCUGUCUGAUUUGGAUUUCCGCGCUCAGAUUGAAGGCGUCUUUAUAUUUUCGUGUAUUUGGGCGCUUGGCGGCGCUUUGGAUUCACGUAGCCGUGAGAAGUUCAAUAUAGUUUUUCGUGCGCUGAUGGAGAAGAAUUUUCCGGAAAAUUUGUAUCAGGAUUUCGGUGUACCAGAAGAACUACGCGUACCGGUUCUCACCAAACCAUUUAUUUUUCCUAUUCCGAAGGCAGGAUCUGUAUUCGAUUAUCGUUUCAUUAAGGAAGGUAAAGGCAAGUGGAAGGCAUGGCAGGACGAUGUCACUAGCGCGCCACCAAUACCACGAGAUAUACCUGUGAAUCAAAUACUUAUUGUUACCAAUGAAAGUGUGCGCGUUACGGCAGUUUUAGAUCUGUUAGUGCGCCAUGGCAAACCAAUAAUGUUGGUGGGUCCUACUGGUACCGGUAAAAGUUGCUAUGCCUUGGACUAUAUGCUGAAGCGUAUGGACGUCAAUACAUAUAAGCCGUUGUUGAUUAGCUUCUCGGCGCAAACGUCAGCGAAUCAGACGCAAGAUAUUAUUAUGUCAAAACUGGAUAAACGGCGCAAAGGUGUCUUUGGACCGCCAUUGAAUAAGAAGUUCCUCAUAUUUGUGGACGAUGUGUCGAUGCCAUUGAAAGAAAACUAUGGCGCACAACCUCCAAUAGAGUUAUUGCGCAUGAUGUUGGAUCAUUGGAUGUGGUAUGAUCGCAAAAACAUAGUGCCGAUGAAGCUGAUUGAUAUACAAAUGAUAACAGCGAUGGGUCCACCGUCCACUGGCAAUACGGUUACGCAACGUUUUCAGCGACACUUUAAUGUGAUUGCCAUUGAUGAGUUCAACAAUGAGAUUUUGAAUACAAUCUUCAGCAAGAUAGUGCUCUGGCAUCUGGAUACACGUGGUUUCUCGAAAGAAUUUGAUCCCUGCAUCGAUGAGAUUGUCACUGCCACCCUGAACAUCUACAAUGAGGCGAAAAUGAAUUUACUACCCACGCCAGCUAAGUCGCAUUAUCUCUUCAACUUGCGAGACUUCUCGCGUGUUAUACAGGGAGUUUUGUUGUCGGUGCCCGAAGCCACCGAGGAUUUGGAUUCCAUGCGCCGUCUAUGGGUACACGAAGUGAUGCGUGUUUAUGGCGAUCGUUUGGUAGAGGAUAGUGAUCGUAGUUGGCUAUUCGGUGCGAUUUGCGAUAAAAUCAAUCAGCAUAUGAACGGUUCACCUGAAAGUCUAUUCGCGCGGCUCGUACCAAAGGGGAAAAAAUUAACCGAGUCUGAUCUGCGACGCUUAAUCUACUGCGAUUUUGCCAAUCCGAAGGCAGACAAUAAAAAUUAUAUUGAGGUUUUGGAUCUUGAAAAUUUGCGCAAUGUAGUGGAAGCGUACUUGGUUGAAUAUAAUAAUAUGUCGAAAAAACCAAUGAACCUAGUACUCUUCCGCUUUGCCAUCGAACAUUUGUCGAGAAUAUGUCGCAUAAUAAAGCAGCCACGUAGUCAUGCUCUACUCAUCGGAGUCGGCGGCUCCGGACGUCAGAGCUUAACUCGUUUGGCUUCGCAUAUAUGCGACUAUGAACUCUUUCAAGUUGAAAUUACACGACUGUAUGGACCGAGUGAGUGGCAUGAAGAUCUCAAGACCAUUCUACGGAAAGUGGGUGCAUCUGAGAUGCAUGCAGUAUUCUUAUUUACCGAUGUACAGAUAAAAGACGAGUCCUUCCUUGAGGAUGUCAACAAUUUACUUAACUCUGGUGAAGUACCCAACUUGUUCAGCAACGAGGAGAAAAUAGAAGUGGUAGAAAAGAUGGCACAAAUCGAUAAACAGCGCGACAAAGCCAUGCAGACUGACGGCAGUCCGGUGGCACUUUUUAAUUUCUUCGUCACGACCUGUCGCGAUCAACUCCACACUGUGCUCGCCAUGUCUCCCAUUGGUGAUGCAUUGCGCAUGCGCAUACGAAAGUUUCCUUCAAUCGUCAAUUGCUGCACGAUCGAUUGGUUCCAGCCGUGGCCGGAGGAUGCAUUAUUGGCUGUGUCGACAAGAUUCUUAGCCCGCGAAGAUUUGUCGGAUUUGGAGCGCAAGACAGCUAUAGAUAUGUGCAUGGAAUUUCAUACCUCAACGCAGGCUUUAUCAGAAAUAUUUGCAUUGCGCUUGAAACGUUAUAACUAUGUGACACCUACUUCGUAUUUGGAAUUAAUUCAGACUUUUAAAGCCUUACUAAAUCAGAAGAGAACAGCUAUUAUGACCAAUAAAAAUCGUUACUUGACUGGUAUAUCCCAACUGGAUAUAGCGGCACAGCAAGUGGGCGUAAUGCAAGAAGAGCUCCAGGCCUUGGAACCCAAACUCAAGCAAGCGUCAGAAAUUGUCGCUGUACAAGUGGCGAAAGUAACGGCCGAUAGCAAGAUCGCCGCGGAGCAGCGUGAAUUGGUGAAGGAGGACGAAAAGGUCGCCACCGAACAAGCAGCUAAAGCACAAGCGAUCAAGGAUGAAUGCGAUGCAAAAUUGAGCGAAGCGCUGCCCAUAUUAAAUGCAGCUUUAGCUGCGUUAAAUACAUUGACCACAGCCGAUAUUGCAGUUGUCAAAACCAUGAAGAGUCCUCCGAUUGGAGUGCGCAUUGUCAUGGAAGCUGUUUGUAUUCUAAAAGAAGUGAAACCGGACAAGGUACCAAAUCCUUCAGGCCUAGGCACAAUCGAAGACUACUGGGGCCCUUCGAAACGUGUGCUGAGUGAUAUCAAAUUCCUGGAUAGCUUGAUUAACUUCGACAAGGAUAAUAUACCACCAGCCGUAAUGCAAAAGUUGUCACAACGUGUACUGAGCAACGAAGCUUUCGAUCCGGAUAAAGUCAAAUCGGCAUCCACAGCAUGCGAGGGUUUGUGCCGUUGGGUCAUUGCUUUGACUAAAUACGAUGUGGUGGCGAAAGUGGUGGCGCCGAAGAAAAUCGCAUUGGCUGCAGCCGAAGCAGAGUAUAACGGUGCUAUGAAAUUGCUUAAUGAGAAGUUGGCGCAAUUGGCGCGCGUCGAAGCCAGCCUGGCGGCUAUACAAAAGAAAUUGGACGAAGAGUUGGCGCAAUAUGCUAUACUUCAAGGCCAGCACGAGGCAUGCACCAAAAAGUUGCAACGUGCCCAAGAAUUGAUUUCCGGUUUGGGUGGCGAGCGUACGCGUUGGCUGGAAACGGCUAGGAAUUUGGGUCGCGUAUAUAACUCUUUAACUGGCGAUGUUUUGAUAUCUUCUGGUGUUGUUGCUUACUUGGGUCCCUUCACGAUUGACUAUCGUGUUGGGCAGAUUCGUAAAUGGGUGAAUAAGGUGGCCUCCUAUGGAGUGGUAUGCAGUGCUGAUUUCUCCCUGGCAGUUUGUCUCGGCGAAGCGGUGGAGAUACGCGAAUGGAAUAUUUGCGGUUUGCCAACAGAUGCGUUUUCGGUGGAGAGUGCCAUCAUUUUGAAAAACUCAGGUCGCUGGCCAUUAAUGAUCGAUCCGCAGGGUCAAGCCAAUAAAUGGAUAAAAAAUUUGGAGAAAAACAAUCGUCUCUGCGUUAUACGACUCAACCAGCCCGAUUACACGCGUGUCCUCGAAAAUGCUAUACAAUUCGGAUUGCCAGUGCUGUUGGAGAAUGUGGGCGAAGAAUUGGAUCCAUUGCUAGAAGCAAUUUUGCUCAAACAACUAUUCAAGCAAGGCGGCACAUUGUGCAUAAAAUUAGGCGAUUCGGUGAUUGAAUAUAAUCAUGCGUUCAAAUUUUACAUAUCAACAAAGCUGCGCAAUCCCCAUUAUCUGCCCGAGGUGGCAGUGAAAGUGACCGUCCUGAAUUUUAUGAUCACCACGCAAGGCUUGCAAGAUCAGCUGUUGGGUAUAACAGUUGCCCGUGAACGUCCCGACUUGGAGGCGGAGAAGAAUACGCUCAUCGUGCAGGGCGCUGAGAAUAAACGCAUGCUGAAGGAAACCGAAGAUAAGAUCCUGGAAGUGCUUUCGUCGGCCGAUAAUAUUCUAGAGGAUGAAACGGCAGUGCAGAUUUUGAGUUCGUCGAAAGCAUUGGCCAAUGACAUCAGUGAGAAGCAAAUUGUAACCGAGGCCACAGAGAAGCAAAUCGAUAUAGCCCGUUUGAAUUAUGUGCCAAUUGCAGCACAUUCGACUAUACUCUUCUUUACAAUAGUCGAAUUGGCAAACAUCGAUCCAAUGUAUCAGUACAGUUUGCUGUGGUUUGUCUCCCUUUUCACGGCUUCCAUAGACAACACUGACAAAGUGGAUGACAUUGAUGAGCGUUUGAAGGAUUUGCGUAAACACUUUACCUACAGCCUUUAUGUAAACAUCUGCCGCAGUCUGUUCGAGCGGGAUAAGCUCCUCUUUUCACUGAUUCUAAAUAUAAAUCUGAUGAAAGCUGAAAAUCUGAUUGACAAUUCUGAAUGGAUGUUUCUAUUAACUGGCGGCAUUGGCUUGGAUAAUCCUCAUGCAAAUCCUGCCCGCUGGUUGGGCAUCAAUAGUUGGAAUGAAAUUUGUCGUCUCUCCGAUUUGCCCAACUUUAAGGGAUUACGCGAACAUGUCACUAGCAAUUUGAGUGAUUGGAAAUUGUUUUUCGACUCAAAAAUACCCCAAGAAAAUACAGCCAUACCUAAGCCAUGGUCCACUAAAUUGACAUUGUUUCAGAAGUUGUUGUUGUUGCGUUGCUUUCGUUCAGAUAAAUUAGUGCCGGCUGUUAUGAAAUUUGUUGGAGAACAACUUGGACCCGAGUUCGUCGAUCCGCCACAAUUCGAUCUAAUGGCCUCAUUCUCGGACUCUCAUUGCUGUAUACCAUUAAUUUUCAUUCUAACACCAGGCUCCGAUCCCACAGCAACACUAUUGAAAUUCGCCGAUGAACAAGGUUUCGGUUCUAAUCGUCUAUUUUCACUCUCGCUCGGUCAAGGUCAAGGACCGAUUGCUACGAAAAUGAUAGACGAAGGCAUUAAGCUCGGCAAUUGGGUUGUUCUGCAAAAUUGCCACUUGGCCAAGAGUUUCAUGCCUAUGUUGGAGAAAGUAUGCGAGAAUUUGGUGCCCGAUGCGACGCAUCCAGAUUUUCGCCUCUGGCUCACCUCAUACCCAGCUGAUCAUUUUCCCGUUGUUGUCUUACAAAAUGGCAUAAAAAUGACAAAUGAACCGCCAAAGGGUUUGCGUUCAAAUAUAACGCGUUCGUUGUUAAGCGAUCCGAUCAACGAUCCCGAGUGGUUCGAGUCGUGCAAACAGACACAGACUUUCAAGCAAUUAAUCUAUUCGCUGUGCUUUUUCCAUGCAGUCAUACAGGAGCGUCGUUACUUCGGUCCCAUCGGCUGGAAUAUUCCCUAUGAGUUCAAUGAGACUGAUUUACGUAUCAGUUUAAUGCAGCUGAAGAUGUUCUUGGAUCAAUAUGAGGGCGUGAAUUAUGAUGCUUUGCGUUAUCUGACUGGGGAAUGCAAUUAUGGUGGACGUGUCACGGAUGAUUGGGAUAGACGAACAUUGAAAACUAUACUGAAUAUUUACUAUAGUCCUGACGUGCUGGAUCUGGAAAAUCGCCAUUGUUUCGAUGAUGAAAACAUUUAUUAUAUACCAGUUUUUAAGGAGUUGGAGUUGUAUUUGAAUUAUACGCGCGAGUUGCCAAUUCAAACGGCGCCGGGUAUAUUUGGAUUUCAUGCAAAUGCGGACAUCAUGAAGGAUCAGCAUGAGACGGAUAUGUUGUUGAGCCAUACCUUACUGACACAGGACACUAGCACUUCGUCAGCUGGCGAUGAAGGCGAAGGCAAGAAAGCUUUAACACCCGAAGAAGUGGUGACCAAUGUUGCCACCGACAUACUCAAUAAGUUACCCAAAGACUUUGAUCGUGACGCUGCUAUUUCACGCUACCCAACGAGCUAUCAUCAAAGCAUGAAUACUGUACUCGUGCAGGAGAUGACACGUUUCAAUGCUUUACUCGUCACUAUUCGAUCCAGUUUGGUUACGUUACGUAAAGCGAUUAAGGGUCUUGUUGUGAUGUCCGCCGCUAUUGAGGCUGUAUAUCGUAGCGUAUUGAUAAGCAAAAUCCCAGCGAUGUGGGCUGGUAAGUCGUAUCCGAGCCUAAAGCCACUGGGGAGCUACAUAAGUGAUUUUCUGCAACGUUUGGAUUUUUUGCAGAAAUGGUUCGAUAACGGUCCACCCACCACAUUUUGGCUUUCUGGCUUUUUCUUUACGCAGGCCUUCCUCACUGGUGCCCAACAGAAUUUCGCACGUAAAUACAUUAUUCCCAUCGAUUUGUUGGUAUUCGACUACGAAGUGCUACGCAUGGAAGAGGACCAAGUACGUGGCGUAACAGCACCAGCUGAUGGCGUAUAUGUGUAUGGUGUGUUUCUCGAAGGCGCAUGUUGGGAUCGUGCAGGCAAUUGGUUGGCAGAAUCGCGUCCACGUGAGCUGUUCGAUUCCAUGCCAGUGAUCUGGAUGAAACCUGUGAAACGUAGCGAUCUCAAAGAGCGUCACGUCUACAUUUGUCCUCUUUAUAAGACAGCGGAACGUCGUGGUGUGCUCUCCACCACGGGGCAUAGUACAAAUUUUGUGGUGGCUAUGCUGCUUGAAUGCAAUCCGAAUACGAAACCUUCACAUUGGAUUGAGCGCGGCACGGCAUUGCUCUGUCAAUUGAGCUUUUAAUUGGAAUUGUAACGGAAAUACAUGGACUUGCGAACAUUUUUA